UGUUUAGUUUUCGUAUGCAAUUUUUGUUUUCACUCAAAAACCACAUUAAACGACAUCCAUAAAAUUAUCAAUUUAUUAUUAUUAAUAGAAAUAUAAUUGCGCAUAUCUAUAUAGAUUUAAUAUUAAACAAAGUAAUUUUUAACAAUAUAAGAGAAUCUAAUCAAAAUGUCUAAAGAUGAUAGAGAAUUGGAUUUGUCAAAUGCUGGACGUGGUGUAUGGUUAGUUAAAGUGCCGAAAUACAUAGCACAAAAAUGGUCAAAAGCACCAUCAAAUAUGGAUGUAGGAAAAUUGCGAAUUACUAAAACACCGGGACAAAAAGCUCAAGUUUCUUUGUCGCUAACUCAAGCAGUUGUAAAUUUGGAUCCCGAGGAAAAAAUUCCCACAGAGCAUAUAUUAGAUGUGUCCGUUGUUACCAAACAAACAUUAGGAGUAUUUUCACAUGUUAUGCCGCCUGAAUCAAAUAAUGCGAGUAAUGGAAAGGAUAAAGAGGCACAAUCUGUUAGUGAAGCGGAAAAGCUAUACAUGGAAGGACGUAUUGUGCAGAAAUUGGAAUGUCGCCCAAUCGCUGACAAUUGUUAUAUGCAACUGAAACUUGAAUCUAUACGGAAAGCGUCGGUACCACAACGCAAGGUUCAACCAAUAGAUAAAAUAGUGCAGAACUUCAAACCAGUUAAAGACCAUGCCCAUAAUAUUGAGUAUCGUGAAAGAAAGAAGGCGGAAGGUAAAAAAGCACGCGAUGACAAAAAUUCAGUUAUGGAUAUGCUUUUCAAUGCUUUUGAAAAACAUCAAUACUAUAAUAUUAAAGAUUUGGUAAAAAUUACAAAGCAACCUAUUGGUUAUCUGAAAGAAAUCCUUAAAGAGGUAUGUGAUUACAACAUGAAAAAUCCACAUAAAAAUAUGUGGGAAUUGAAGAAAGAGUACCGCCACUAUAAGACUGAAGAUAAAAAGGAUGAUGACAAAGUCGCAACUGACAGUGAUUCGGAAUAGUAUAAAAAUAAAUUAAUAUAAAGUGUAAAGAUUUAAUACCCAAUUUUUAAUAAAAAGAGAUUUCCAAUAUUUAACAAUUAUACAAA